CUGGACUGUCCUCCAGCCACGCGCGGCAUGUGGCACUAGGCAUGAGUAGUCAGCCCUUUUGGAGGAGAUUGUAGUUUGCAGUAGUUUCUGAAUCUCGGGCUCUGGACCCGUCUAAUCCUUUCAAGGUGCGUUCGGGCGCCACCACAAUUCUUCACUAGCCCCUGAGAGAGUCCCGGAAAAGUGAGGAUCAAAGAAGGAGGAAAAAAAAAAAAAAAAAAAAAAACCAGCCAGGGAUGACUAGAACAGGUGAGAGAUGCACUUGAACCCACAACCUGCACAGACCCUACUUCCCCUGAGGGCUCUCGGAGUAGGGGACCCGCCUGUUCCCUGCUCUUCAGGGGUUAAUCCCCCUCCGCCUUUCCUGCGCUCAGCGGUGCCAAAGUGGGUGUUACUGGAAUUCCUCCCUCUCUCCCGUAAUGAGGAGGCUGAGCCGUCUCUCCGAGGAGGGGGCAAUAGUGUGGAUAAAAGAGACUGGGAAAAAAAAGUGGGAGGUUUCCAAAAAUAAAACCCUUCAGAUCCCCUCCUGAGGUUGCAGUGACAGGGGGAAGAGACCAGCUGUGUGUUCAGAGUGGGCUGGGGGCACAGGGCUUAACGCGAGGUCAAGAACAGGUCUGAAUCCGGGAGAAUUCUCGAUAUCCCGGCACCGACCAAAUCCUUUCCCCCAAGCUCUUGAUCGAGAGGCAGGUUUGGGACCGAAAUUGCUGGGUGGAAAGUGAAUUUCAAGGCAAGCAUCUCCUGCCUGGCGAGACCAGGAGCCUGGGAGCCCGGCGUGCAACUGCUCCGGGCGCUACAUGUGGCCGCUGCGGCUAGUUGUCCGCUGAGUUCUUCUUGCCCGAGGCCAAUCAUGGGAAGCUACUGGAGAAGUUUUCUGCCCUUGACCUUGGCUUUUUUUGUGGGUGUGGGUGAUGCCCAGCGGGAUCUCGUGGGAAGGUACGAGCCCUCAGGCAGGGACCGGGGCCGCCUUCGGCGACCUGGCGUCAACCACUCCGGUGCGACUGUAGGCAAGGUGUAUAGUCUGUUCCGGGACCAAGGAGGGCUUGGUCCAGGUCAGCCUCACGGAGAUGUACCUCAGCCGGUUUGGGGACACCUGAGGAACCCAACCGACGGCGAGAUCAGGAGGCCUCUCAGAACGCAGCAGACUCGUAGAGUCCCGCCACCUGUACAGAUGUCUGCGAUUACCCUACGACAACAGAGCCCACCUCUGGCCAGGACUGCCUCUGCUCUCCAGCGCCCUAGGACCGGGCAGAGAGUCCGGGCUGCGCCCCCGCCCCCGCCCUCCUCCCGAGGGCGACUGAUGGGGAGGAACGUCUGCGGGGGACGGUGCUGCCCAGGAUGGACGACUGCCAACAGCACCAAUCAGUGCAUCAAACCUGUCUGUGAGCCACCAUGCCAAAACAAAGGUUCCUGCAGUCGGCCCCAGCAAUGUGUCUGUCGUUCUGGUUUCCGAGGCAACCGUUGUGAAGAAGUCAUUCCUGAGGAAGAGUACCACCCCCAACCUUCAUGGCCAGUGCCUCGGUCACCAGUGGGUUUGCCCAGCCUCAGCAGGAGUAGUGGGUUGAGAGAGAAUCCUGCCUCGGUGGUACAGUCCCCAGUGUUGCAGAAAUUACCAACUGGGAAUGCAAACCAGAUCAGCCAUCCAAUCUCUCCCCAGCAGCAGUUGAGGUCAUCCCCGACCAUCCGGCGGUACCCAGGAGUGGUCACUGGCCAGCUGACUUCCAAUGCUCUAACUGGAGGGAAUGGUCAUGAGCAGAGUGACUCAUCACACCGAGCAAUACACGUGGCUCCUGGCUCAUCCCCCUGGGGGCUAAACCUGACUGAGAAAAUCAGGAAGAUCAAGAUUGUCUUCACCCCAACCAUCUGCAAACAAACUUGUUCCAAUGGACGAUGUAUCAAUGACUGCUCCAAAGGGGACACCACCACCCUGUACAGUCAGGGGGGUCAUGGACACGACCCCAAGUCUGGCUUCCGCAUCUAUUUUUGCCAGAUCCCCUGCCUGAAUGGAGGCCGCUGCAUUGGUAGGGAUGAAUGCUGGUGUCCUGCCAACUCCACAGGGAAGUUCUGCCACUUGCCGGCUCUUCAGGUGAACAGAAAGCCAGAGAGGCCCCCUCCUGUGGCCCCUGCUGAAGGCUCUUUGAAACAGUCUGUCUACAUGCUGCCCCUCUCCAACCAACUGGCCUCUGUGAACCCCUCCCUGGUGAAGGUGCACAUUAACCACCCACCAGAAGCCACAGUUCAGAUCCACCAAGUGGCAAGAGUUCGGGGGGAAACUGAACCCCAUGAGGAGAAUAGUGUGGAGACCAGACCUGCUCCCCGGCUCCCCAUCCGACCUGGCCAUGAGCAGUGGGACAUCAACACCAUCACCUCACAGACCAGGGAGCCUCCUCAGCUGCCACCACCAUCUUUCCCCAAGCCUGAGGGCCUACUAGGCUGGUGCUAUCAGAACUCAGUGAAUGACCAGUGUGCCAACCCUUUGCGGGAGUUGACCAAGCAAGAGGAUUGCUGUGGGAGCGUCGGAGCCUUCUGGGGCGUAAAUGCAUGUUCCCCGUGCCCUCCCAGGCCAGCUUCUCCAGUGAUUGAAAAUGGUCAAGUGGAAUGUCCCCAAGGGUACAAGAGACUGAAUCAUACUCACUGUCAAGAUAUCAAUGAAUGCCUUCUGCUGGGACUGUGCAAAGAUGCUGAGUGUGUGAAUACCCGGGGCAGCUACCUCUGCACCUGCAAGCCGGGCAACAUGUUGGACCCAUCUCGAAGCCACUGUGUGUCUGAUAAAGCCGUGUCCAUGGAGCAGGGACUGUGCUUCCGAUCAGCAGGGACAGGCACAUGUACACUGCCCCUAGCCCAGAGGAUCACCAAGCAGAUUUGCUGCUGCAGCCGGGUUGGAAAAGGAUGGGGGAAGAAGUGUGAGAAGUGUCCUCUACCUGGCUCAGAGAGCUUCCGAGAGAUCUGUCCUGCUGGCCAUGGUUACACUUAUUCCAGUUCUGAUAUACGCCUGUCCAUGAGGAAAGCAGAGGAGGAAGAGCUGGCUAGGAGCUUGGAAAAGCCAGGGGAGAGAAACAACGGGACUCUAAUCUGGACGGCUGGGAGGCAACCCCUUCGAGAAGUGACAGCCAGCCAAUCAGAAGCUGUGGCCACUUCUGCCAAAGGUGACUCUGAUGGUGGCCAGAUCACUGCAACUGUUGACUCUAUGCCAGCUGGGUCCCUGGCACCUGCCAUAGAAACGCCAUCUCCGCCACUCUUUGGGCAGGUGACCCCAGAUCCUCGGGAAGAAGAAAAAGAUACAUCCCUCCCCAGUGUGGCUUCAACAUUGAACAAAGACAAUGACAGAUGUGCUACUCUGGCUGAAGAUGUCUGUGGUCCAGGAACUUGUGUGAACCUUCCAGGAAAAUACAGCUGUGUCUGUAACCCUGGUUACCAGCUGCAUCCCAGCCAGGCUUACUGUACAGAUGAGAAUGAGUGUCUCCGUGACCCCUGCAAAGGAAAAGGGCGCUGCAUCAACAGAGUGGGCUCCUACUCCUGCUUUUGUUAUCCUGGCUACGUGCUAAUCACUUCUGCUGCUACUCAGGAGUGCCAAGAUGUAGAUGAGUGUGAGCAACCCGGGGUAUGCAUUGGAGGACAGUGCACCAAUACUGAUGGCUCUUACCACUGUGAGUGUGGCCAAGGAUACAUCAUGAUCCGGAAGGGACAUUGUGAAGAUAUUGAUGAAUGCCGCCAUCCCAGCACUUGUCCUGAAGGGAGCUGUGUCAACUCCCCUGGCUCCUACACGUGUCUUGCCUGUGAAGAAGGCUACAGAAGUCAGAGUGGACGAUGUGUUGAUGAGGAUGAAUGUCUGGCCCUAGGGAUCUGUUUGCAUGGAAAGUGCAUCAAUCUGGAAGGCUCUUUCAGAUGCUCCUGUGAACUGGGCUUCCAAGCCACAGAGGAUGGGAAAGGUUGUAACGAUGUAGAUGAAUGUGCCUCUCCUGGUGUCUGCCUCUCUGGAAUUUGCUCUAACACCAUUGGUUCCUUCUCUUGUAAUGAUUGUGACAGGGGAUACCAGCCAGAUGCCCUUGGGCGUAUGUGUGAAGAUGUGAAUGAAUGUGAAGACCCCCAGGUCAAUUGUAUAGGAGGAGAAUGUAAGAAUACUUUGGGUUCCUAUCAGUGCCACUGUCCACUUGGCUUCCAGUUAAUCAAUGGUACCAUGUGUGAUGAUUUGGACGAAUGUGCUGGGGAGGAAGAAUGUGCACCCCAUGGCGAGUGUCUCAAUACCCAUGGGUCCUUCUUCUGCGUCUGUGCCCCCGGCUUCUCCAGUGAGCCCGGGGGGACUAGCUGCCAGGACGUGGACGAGUGUGCCGAUAUAGCCAGGUGCCUUGGAGGGCAGUGUCUCAACACAGAAGGUUCCUUCAUCUGUGUGUGUGAGGGUGGAUUCCGGUCUUCUCCAGAGAAUGGGGAGUGCAUAGAUGUGGAUGAAUGUAAGGACUUUGGGGACACAGUGUGUGGAACCUGGAGGUGUGAGAAUAGUCCUGGAUCAUACCGCUGCAUCAUGGGCUGUCAGCCUGGCUUCCAUAUGACCCCAACAGAAGACUGCAUUGACAUAGACGAAUGCGCCAACGAGACCUUGUGUGGGAACCAUGGCUUCUGUGACAACACUGAUGGCUCCUUCCGCUGCCUGUGUGAUCGUGGCUACGAGGUCUCACCUUCAGGCUGGGAUUGUGUAGAUGUGAAUGAGUGUGAGCUGAUGGUGGCAGUGUGUGGGGCUGCACUCUGUGAGAACGUGGAAGGAUCUUUCUUAUGUCUCUGUGCCGAUGACCAUGAGGAAUAUGAUGCACAAGAUGGCCGUUGCCGCCAGCGGACUGUAGCAGGCCAAGAAAGCAUGAAGGAGCUAACUGGGGAAAACUUCCCUGGACCAGAGCGCAAAUUCUGCUACUCGGGACCAAGCAACCAGUCACCCUGCACCAGCAUCCUGGGUCGGAACACCACAAGGGAGGAGUGCUGCUGUACCCAGGGAGCCAGCUGGGGAGACAGCUGUGACCCCUGCCCUUUCCCUGGCACAGUGGAAUUCAGCGAGCUCUGCCCCAGUGGGAAGGGAUAUAUCCCUGUGGAAGACACUUGGAUGUUUGGACAAACCACAUAUACUGAUGCAGAUGAAUGCUUGAUGUUUGGCUCUGAGCUUUGUCACAAUGGCCAGUGCCUCAACACAGUGCCUGGAUAUAUCUGCCUUUGUAACCCUGGCUAUCGCUAUGAUGCCUCCCACAUGGAGUGCGAAGAUCAUGAUGAAUGCCAGGACACAGCCUGUGAGAACGGAGAGUGUGUGAAUACAGACGGCUCCUUCCACUGCUUCUGUAGUCCCCCCCUGGUCCUGGACCCCAGCCAGAGACACUGUGUGAACAGCACGGGCAGCAUGGACCUCCCCGACCAUGACAUCCACAUGGACAUCUGCUGGAAAAAAGUCACCAAUUAUGUGUGCAGCCAGCCCUUCCGAGGUCGGCGCACCACCUACACCGAGUGCUGCUGCCAGGACGGGGAGGCCUGGAGUCAGCAGUGCGCCCUGUGUCCCCCCAGGAAUUCUGAGGUCUUUGCCCAGCUGUGCAACGUGGCAAGGAUAGAAGCUGAGCGAGAAGCCGGCCUUCAUCCCCGGCCUGGCUAUGAGUAUGGCCCUGGGCCUGAUGACCUGCACUAUGGUCUCUAUGGCCCUGAGGGGGCCCCCUUUUAUAACUACCUGGGUCCUGAGGAGGGUGCUUCAGAGUCCCCUUUCCUGCACCCUGGCAGCGGCCCAGUGCCCAAUCUUCCUGCCCUUGAGCCACCACUGCAGCCUUCAGAAGUUCAGCCCCACUUCCUGGGCAACCGACCAGGGAACUAUGACAGCUUUGAAGGUCUCCGAGCAGAAGAAUGUGGCAUCCUUAACGGCUGUGAGAAUGGCCGCUGUGUCCGAGUAGAUGAGGGCUAUACCUGUGAUUGCUUUGAAGGCUUCCAGCUGAAUAUUGCCCAGAUGGCUUGUGUGGAUAUAAAUGAAUGUGAGAACAUGCAUGGGCUCAUAGCUCCCUGUGCACAUGGUCACUGCGAGAAUACGGAGGGCUCCUAUUACUGCCAGUGCCCUGUGGGCUAUGUGGCCAUGGCAGGGCCCCCUCGCUGUAUCCCCAAGGAAUAAUGAAGGACAGCACUUGGCAGCCACCUGGAAACGGCCCGUCAUCCACAAGGGCCCUGAGGAGGAAGAGACCAUGAAGGCAGCAGUAAGGGGGCUGGAGGCUCAGCCCCCAGCAAGUCUCCUUCUCCCACCAUCUCUCAUGGCUAAGGCCCUCAGGAGGCCUGCUUCAGCCGGGAGUUUCCAGCUUGGCUCAAACACCACCUGCUGCUUUGAUGCUUCAGCCACUGGUCAUGGGGCCUGACUCAUUGCCUUGCCCUGUGAUACUUGCUGAGGGAAGAGCCCAUUCUCUUCUCUCCAAACUGUGCCUGUCUGCAGGGCCCUUUAGCCUCACACUAUAGGCAUCCCCCUCCAGCUAUGACUCAAAGGAACCCGCAGCUGCGAAAGGGGCAAACAGCUGCCUCACUCUUUGGCCAGUCGUUGAGGGCCGUAGCGCUGGACGGGGAUUAGAGUUUUGCUGAUGAUUCCAAAGCCCCUCUUGGGAGGACGUCUGUCUCUACGAGGCUGGGCUGGGCCCUUCUUUUGAUGUAUCUCCAUUUUAUAGCCAGUUCUGUGACCCCAGGUGGGCAGCAAACCCCCUCACCACAGAGCAGCAAGACUGGUGCGGGCCUUCUCCUGUGCAGGAGAUUCCAGAGAAGGGAAGCAAAGCAAAGACAGACCCAAGAGAAAUGAGAUCAAAGCGGGAUGGGGUAGGGGAGGAGAGGAGAAUGGGGAGGCAAAGGAGAAAGAAAGAGCCAAAAUUUUACAGGAGUCCAAAGGAAACAUUUCAGUGGCUUCAGCUUGGUAAAUUUGCAUCUCCCAGCAGGGCCCAGCCCUGUGUGCGCCAGUAGCAGGGCUGUUUGUUGCAAGAUGCCCUCCUCUCCAACAGACCUUUGUAAACUACACAUAGCUUUUUGUAGAAACCAAAUCUCUCUUGUGCUCUCCUUUUUUGAAAACCAGUUUGAUGUGUUAUAAAUAAAAAGGUCGAUUUUCUGGCCUGUGGAUUACA